AGCGGGGCAUACGGAGUAUUAUGGCGCGCAGGGACCAUCACGUCACUAAGGCGUGAAUUUGUACAGUACCGUUUCCUUCGUCGCGAACUCCUCAGCCAGCUUUCCCCUUUUCCCGAACUCGCAGAGCCUAGCCGUCGCAACCAUGCCAGAGCCGGUGUCCGUGCUAUUCGUGUGUCUCGGCAACAUUUGCCGGUCGACCAUGGCCGAGGGCAUCUUCCAGAGCCUGGCCAAGCAGCCCGAGCUGAAGGGCAAGAUUGGGCGCGUCGACUCGUGCGGCACAGCCGCAUACCAUACUGGCGACGGCCCGGACGAGCGAACCCUGGACACUCUCGAGGCCCAUGGCAUCGAUGACUACGACCACAUGGCUCGGCGCUUCCAAACAAAGGAUUUUGAAACCUUUGACUACAUCUUCGCCAUGGACCGAUCGAACCUCUCCGACCUGCAGCGGCUCCAGAGGGGCAACCCAGACAGCAAGGCCAAGGUCAUGCUGUUUGGCGAGUUCAGCGGGGGUAAGCGAGCCGAGGUUGUCAGCGACCCGUACUAUGGUGGAGACGAGGGCUUCGCGAAGGCGUUUGAGCAGUGCUCUCGUUUCUCUAAAAACUUCAUCAAGGAAGUGAUCGGUUAAUAUAUGCGAGGGAAAAGGAGGAAAGGAGGGAAAGGAAGGAAAACGGGGGUUUUGAGAGACACGUGAAUAAUACCCGAUAGAUGUAUAUACGAAGACGGCUUGUGGAAGAAAAUUGCACACCAUAGAAUAGACCCUAAUAUUUCGCU